UGAAUCCUGUCAAUGGAUUAGUGAUUGGCGCUCUGUCGUGCAUCCACCAUUCCACUCGUGGCAUCGGCAUGCUAUCAAAAUGACAUCUCGACGAUAAUCAACUUACCUACGCAACCAGCUUAUGCAUCACACUAAUUCAGCCCUGGCCAUACAUACGCACAGUCAACAAGUGCAACCAUACGAACUCCUCGAACGAACACCGAUAAUAAUACGGAACCAGCCGAGAGCAGAGGCACGACACGCCAACGCCGAACCAUCACGGUAUCCGGCUUCUCCGUUCGUCGGUUAAGGAUCAAACCGGAGCAUUGUUUACACUGCGCAAACUUGCCUAGCUUCCCUUCCCGGUGUAUCAAUAUCGACGGCUCCUUUUGAGCGAGUGGUUCGGCCCUACAACGUACCAACAGCAGCGACAGAGCACAGCCCGACACUAUGGCUAGAAUCCAAAGUCCACCACUCCUUUCACAGAUACAGGGCGCGAGGAGUUACUCGGAACAAGCCACCGGUCUUCGCGCGUUGAGGGACGAGAUAACCGGGCACUCCCAGCGGAAAGAACGGUGGAUACAAAACGGCGUGUUGGAGUUGCUCGUCAACAUUCUUCAGAACAAUGGCCCCUCGCCGAAAAGCUCGAGUGGCAAGGAACGCAGUCAAAUAGGGCAGCCACAGGGGCUCUCGGAAGAUGUGACCGUGCGGCUGUUGUCUUUGCAGCUCAUUGCCAGCUUUGCAUAUGGCGGCUCCGCGUUUCUUGGGCCGUUGCAUGCCGUCAACGUAGUCGCGACAAUUAUUCCGUUUUUAUCCUCGAGAAACAACCCCCCGCAACUCGUCUUGGCCGCCUUGCGGACUAUUAGGAACAUUGCAGAAGCCACCCGUCUUGCAACCCCCGGUGCCGAUGAUACGACAAGCUUGUCAGAGGCUAUAUUUUCCGCUAGCUCGCUCCCCGCUUUGUACGACAUUCUUUCCCAAGGGUCAAGAGAUGGAGUGAUACAGGAACAGAAAUGUUUGGUGGCGUACCUCAUCAGCAGGUUGUGCAAGACGCCGGCGCACCAGAACGCCCUGGCGGACUCUGGUGUUAUGGAUGCGCUGGCUACAAUACUGGCAAGCUUCGUCGUAGCGAGAGGGGAAGUUUCCCCAGGAGCAGAAAUAGCCGGGCGCAAGGAUGGACUAGCCGAUCUGAUUCCGGCUCCUGCACCUCCUGGUGCCAACUUGGCUCUGACGCUCGAGGCCCUGUCCACCAUCGUUGCCAACUCGCGUUUCCGCUCAUACUUGCUGCUGUGUUCUCCGGCCAUCGUGGCCGUCUUCUCUUCGACUGGAGUUAUGCCUCUCGCUACAGAGUCGAGGGCGGCCUGGAAUGCGCUUGAGAUGAGCGGGUUUGGCAGCAUCCGACCCAGGAGCCCCCAAGCGAUAGACUACCUGCUUCCCGCCGUUCCCAUUCCCCAGGCCAGGUCUCAAUCGAGAGGUUUCAACGACUAUCCGCCACUGGGCUUUUCCUCGUCCCACGACAACCUUGCCGCUAGCAGCAGCAGCCAGGGGUCAACGUUCAAGUUUACUGGGGUGGGCGUGGGCCGUCCCGAUACUUCUAGCGAGGAUGAGGAAGCCGAUGAACCAGAAAGCCCUCUUAUACCGUGGCUUAUUCAUCUCGCCCGGUCAACCGAGGGCCUCGAAAGAGUCAUGGCUGUUUCCCUAGUGACAUCGCUGUUCAAGGCUGGAUUUGCGUGUCCGGAGCGAGAACAGGUGCUAGCAGUGCUUAUUGUCCCGCUCUUGGGGCAGUUGAUGAAAGAGCAUGAUGAGGAAAUCUCCGCCUCGGUCCAGCAAGCCGCUACCGUCGAACCUGACGUGGCCAAGCAUUGGGCGGUUCAGGAGCGGACGCCAGACGUCCUGGCCCGGCUUGUUGGGGAGAGCGAGAUCCUGCAGCAGGCGGUACAUAAAUGCGGAGUGCUCAAGAUGGCCGUGAAGCUUUUGAAGGAUUCUUACAAACCUCAGCCAGUGCAGUCCGCCCCUCAGCAGUGGUCAAGCAAGCCCGACCGAGGUGGCGAGCCCGGGGAUAUUCCACCUGCCUGCCGACUCGGACCGCCAGGUCAAGUACCCGCGUAUGGUCACAAAAUAACCACCCGAGAAAGUGCCCUAAAACUGGUGGCGGCAAUGGCCACACUCAGCAACGAUUAUCGCGACGCCCUCGUUGAGGCAGACGCCGUAUCUUACAUUGUGGAAUCACUCUCCCCGAAUCCCGGGAAACCAAAGAACCCCAGGGAGCAAUCAUCAUCAGAAAAGGGACCUGAAGAUGGAGGUGCUGGGGGGUCCUCGGUGUAUGGCCAUAACCCCAGUUCCGUCAUUAUGGCGGCAUGCCACGCUAUCCGGGCGCUGGCGCGGUCACCGAAGAUUGUGCGGACUACGAUGAAGGACCACGAUGUCGGAAAGCCGAUCAAUAAGCUGUUGAGCCAUCCCGACAUCGAAGUUCAGAUUGCUGCUUCCGCCGCGGUCAUCAAUGUGGUGACCAACCACAGUCCUCUAGCGUUGACGCUGCUUUCAUUCGAUGUGGUCGAGACGCUAUGCAAACAUACACACUCGCUCAACCCCGGCCUACAAGUCAACGCACUAUGGGCGCUCAAGCACCUGGUGCUAGAAAUGGAUACUAGCAUUCGGAAGCCGUGUUUAGAUCAGCUCGGGUCGGGCUGGCUCAUCCAACUCAUCAGCGACGACGCGUCUGAAGAGGAAGGAAUCCGGACCCGGUCGCGGCCAGGACGGCGGGUCGCCGCCGAAGACGACGACGACGAAGAUAUGGACAAGGAAACGCUCGGCGGGGAGGACGACGGCGCACACGGCGAGUGGACCUGGGCCGCCCAAAACCACACUCCGCAACCAAACUCGAAGCCCUCCACGACGCGGAGCUCAACCCCCGCCCGCAAGGCCCGGGCCGACCGCCUCGCCAUCCGGGAACAAGCCCUCGGGUUCAUCCGCAACUUCCUCAUGAUCACCUCGCCGGGCGACCAGCUCGAGAUGGUCGACUACCUGUUCACGGAGCUGGGCCAGGACCGCCUCUUCUCCAUCCUCGCGGACAUGCUCAAGGUGCGGGUGGUGGGCGCGGUCGGCCGCCGCGCCUCAUCGGCGCGCGGGACCGGGCGCGACGCGCUGGUGCUCUACCCGCAGGCGCGCAUCGUCGAGAACCUGGCGUACAUCCUCGUGCACAUCGCGGCGGGCACGCCGGCGCACCGGCAGCUGGUGAUCGCGCAGACGGAGCUCCUCAAGCUGCUCGGCGGGCACCUCAACAGCAAGGACGCGGGGGUGCGGCGCGCGCUCUGCCAGCUGUUCGCCAACCUGUGCUGGGCCGACAGCGACACCGACCUCGCCCCCUGCACGCAGCGCGCCUCGGCCCUCGAGCAGCUCGGCUUCCUCGCCAAGCUGCAGGGCCUCGAGGCCGACGCCGACUCGGGCGUCCGCGAGCGCGCCAGGGCCGCCGUCGCCCAGAUGAAAACGCCGACGGUGUAG